AUGACACAAAAAAAUUCAAAGGAAAGAAAACAAUAUUGGAUACCCGAUAAUUACAUUGUCGAAACUGAAAUGGGAAAGAGAAAACUUCGUUGUGAAAUGAAAUAUGGAAAAUUACAUCAAUGUCAACUAGAAAUUUCCAAUAAAUCUAUAACUUCUAGAAAAAGACCUCUUUCUCUUAUUCAAUCUAAAUCUGGACAAAGUAAACGUUUUACUGCUUUUGGAAAAGAUUCAGAAUAA